GCAGUAUAUAGGCGAGGCGGCAUGAUUGGUUAAUACAAGUGUUUCACAGUUCAGUAUAUAAAUCAAUUGGUUUGUAGGUAUCUUUUUUUAAAACGACACUGCAUUGUUUGUGAGGUGAAUUAGAAGUUAAAAUAAACACACAAAACAAUCAAAAUGGCACUUAAAAGAAUUAAUAAGGAAUUAGCCGACAUUUCUCGUGACCCACCCGCUCAAUGCAGUGCUGGUCCAGUUGGUGACGAUUUGUUCCAGUGGCAAGCAACUAUAAUGGGCCCUAGUGAUUCCCCAUACCAAGGGGGUGUUUUCUUCUUGUCAAUUCAUUUUCCAACCGACUAUCCAUUUAAGCCACCAAAAGUCGCAUUUUCAACUAAAAUCUAUCAUCCGAACAUAAACAGCAACGGAAGCAUCUGUCUUGAUAUUUUGCGUUCACAGUGGUCACCGGCUCUAACAGUGGCUAAAGUUCUUUUAUCAAUCUGUUCUUUGCUUUGUGAUCCCAACCCUGAUGACCCAUUGGUGCCAGAUAUUGCAAGGGUGUUUAAGAACGACCGAAGCAAAUAUAAUGAUUUGGCAAGGGAAUGGACCAGAAAGUAUGCUACAAACUAACACAUGAAAUGUAAUCAGUACAGUGUCUGUCUGUUUUAGUUCUCUUAGCUUGGCGAUUUGCAUUUUAACAUAAUUAGUAUUUGAAUGUAGAAGCGUUUGUCCAAAAUAUCAGUAAAACUAACAGUUCAUCUUAGCUGUCCACCAUCUUGUAUUUUCUGAGCACUGAUGCAGGAGUUGCCAAUUAUAUUAUAUGAUGAGUAAUUUUUCUUGACAGUUUUUAACUUUAAUUCAAAUUGUAACUUCUACUAUUUGACAGAAGUUUUCAUUAAACUUCUGCUGUGAAUAAAAAUUGACUUUUGUUUCUUUCUGACAGAAGUUUUCUUGUUUAUUUAUUGGCUUUGUAUAACAUGUUUUUCUGCCAAGUUUAAAUUGCAUGUUAAUUUUAACGUAGCCAUCGGUUUGGGCUGCUUCAAUUCUCAUUCUUCUUCCCAUACUGUCGUGUUCAGAAUAUUGGAAUUGUGAAUUUAAACAUAACCUUGAAAUGA